AUGGAGCUGCAUUGUGAAUUAUUGCUAUAUUUAGAUAAAAGGCGCUAUUUAGGUAAAAUGAAGGAUGAUUGUGAAAAUUUCUUAGAAUCAUUAACAGAAAAAACAGUGAGUAAGUUUCCUUCACUGCGAUGUUUCCUAGAAAUUGACGUCAUGGAUGUAAUCGACGUGUUGCCGAGUCUUGGAGAAUUAAUAAUAAAAGAACCAUUGAAAUUGCAAAAGAUGUGCAAUGACGUAUUAUUUGCGUGUCUGCGAUCUAUUGACGUGGAUAACUACAAGCUUGUUGAAUAUUCACAAGUUGUCGUUGUUUUAAGAUUAAAAUGUGUUCCUCGAAUUCUAUGCCUACCCAACCCAAAACGGUAUAAAGGCUUAACAUAUUUUGAAGGGACGUUAUUAGCUAAAUCAGAAUCUGUAAGCUAUGUAUAUCACACAGUCUGGUCAUGUCCGGAAGAUUGUGAAGACAGCGUGAACAUAAUACAUUAUAUACCAAAAACACCACCAAAAUGUUGCAUUUGUAGAAGUACAAUGUACGAGAACAGCGGCCUCAGAAGAUGUGGCGACCAAGUUACAGCAACUUUCAAAUUGAAAGGAGACUAUUUAUUAAGAAAAUUCUACAUAGUCGAUGAUUUAAUUCCCAAAUUAAAAGUGGGUUUAUAUUACGCCUUGCAUGCUAUUGUAGGUAAAUCCAUUAUAAUAUGGAGUUUGGAAAAGAUUAAACAAUGUAAAGCACCAAUGACCCAUCCCGUGCCCAGGGACUUGGAUGUAUUGUAUAACGCAUGCAAUCGUUCCCCUUGGAAAUUCAUAUAUUGUCUCGCUUCCAGUCUAGCGGUUAACGUGUGUCCUUUAAACUGCUUCAUACAAUUGAAGAUAAAUUUAUUAUUGAGUCUAGCAAGCAUUAAAGCUAACGUACUGACUAAUUCUAAUAUCAUACACGUACUAGCAACAGGAUUUGAUACUCGUUUUGUGGGAGAAAUUAUGAAUGAAGCGGCUAAGCUUACGGAUAAAAAUAUUUUAAUAGGAACUUCUAAUACUGAUGUUGCCACUGCUUUGAUCGCGGGUACUGGAGGAAUAGCCGCAUUUCCACUACCACUUCACGCUUACAAUCAAAAACAAAUAUUUUCUGUUCUAUCAGCCAUUGAAAGUGGAGAAAUAAUGAAUGAGACAAGUAAAACAAAACUGAAAUGUGCUGUUUGGGCGCAUGGAAUGGAUUUUAAAAAGAUCGUAAUGUUCAAUGUUGCUAGUGUAUUUGGCAAUGUGUGUCGAGGUGACCACGGCGAAUUCAGUGAUAAUAUUGUAGAGUAUUUAUUACAAGGAUCCAUAGAACCUUCCGGAAUAACAGAAGAUGAACUACGUGCACUGAAAGAUAUUAGCACAUACUUAAGCAUUGUGGCUGGCAUAGAAGUUGAAUUAGAUAAAUUACCAGAAACACUUCUGAGAAGCUAUUUUCUUGCAGCUCGUAAGGAAAGACCUCGUGCAGUUGCGAUUAGCAGUAUGAACUCGCUAAUCACUGUUAGCCUUACAUCGGCGAGGCUUUGCAGGCGAUCAGUUGUUACUAUAGAAGACGCUAUAUUUGCUAUAUGGCUGCAUGUAUGUGGAUUUCCAGAGCCUAGAUUCGCCCCGGAGGAAUAUCUUGAAACUCCAAUGAAUAUCCGAAAGUUGAACAAGAUCAUGGACGGCUUCAAACAUUGGCUCGAACAGUUUACUGGGAUGAGUAAUUUGUAAGAUUUCGUUACGUCACUCACUUUCAGCAUAUGCUUUGUGAAUCUUUGCAUUAUAAAGAUAAUAAUAGCUUCUUAUCUUUUGCGUGUGCUUUUUUGCAAU